CAGUGAGCCGGUAUCGGGGACACGCGAGCACUAAACGAAGUCUUCAGCCUCCAGCAAUCUAACAUCGUUGGACCGCCGGCAAAGAGGAACAAGAGUGCUCGCUGUCUUCAGGUCUCAAUAUCUGCCUGACAUCUGUAGCAGCCAUGCCAUCUGACUUGGCCAAGAAGAAGGCGGCAAAGAAGAAGGAAGCUGCUAAAUCCCGCCAGAGGACCAAGAAGACCGAAGAUGAAGAGGGCGAGAGACCUGAAAAUGGGCUGGAGAACGGAGAUGGCGAUGAUAUGAACGAUAUGGAUAGCAUGGCCAAGGAGCUGGCUGAGCUUGAACUGAAGAAGUCAGAGGCACGGGCCGUGACUGGAGUCCUGGCGUCCCACCCCAACAGCACUGAUGUGCAAAUAGCAAGCCUGUCCCUGACCUUCCACGGCCAGGAGCUUCUCACUGACACCACCCUGGAGCUCAACUCUGGUCGACGCUACGGUCUUAUCGGCCUCAACGGCACAGGCAAGUCAAUGCUGCUGUCUGCCAUUGCCCACAGAGAGGUGCCCAUCCCAGAGCACAUAGACAUCUAUCACCUGACCCGGGAGAUGUCACCCAGCGAAAAGACAGCCCUGCAGUGUGUGAUGGAGGUGGACCAGGAGAGGAUUAAACUGGAGAAGGAGGCUGAGCGUCUGGCUGCAGAAGACUCCGAGUGCGAGAAGCUGAUGGAGCUGUACGAGCGCCUGGAGGAGCUGGAUGCAGACAAGGCAGAGGUGCGGGCCUCCCGGAUCCUCCACGGCCUGGGCUUCACUGGGCCCAUGCAGCAGAAGAAGCUGAAGGACUUCAGCGGAGGCUGGCGGAUGCGCGUCGCUCUGGCCAGAGCCUUGUUCCUGAAGCCGUUCAUGUUGCUGUUGGAUGAGCCCACUAACCACCUGGAUCUGGAUGCCUGCGUGUGGCUGGAGGAGGAGCUUAGUCAGUUCAAGCGCAUUCUUGUCCUAAUAUCCCACUCCCAAGAUUUCCUCAACGGUGUAUGCACCAACAUCAUUCACCUGCACCAGCGCAAGCUGAAGUACUACACAGGAAACUAUGACCAGUACAUAAAGACCAGGGAGGAGCUGGAGGAGAACCAGAUGAAAAGGUUCAACUGGGAGCAGGACCAGAUGGCACACAUGAAGAACUACAUAGCCCGGUUUGGUCACGGCUCAGCCAAGCUGGCCCGCCAAGCCCAGAGCAAAGAGAAAACCCUGCAAAAGAUGGUGGCUUCGGGCCUGACUGAGAAAGUUGUAAAUGACAAGACACUGUCAUUUGUUUUUCCUCCCUGUGGGAAGAUCCCCCCUCCUGUCAUCAUGGUCCAGAACGUCAGCUUCACGUACUCUGAUGACACUCCCCAUAUAUACAAGAACCUUGAGUUUGGUAUUGAUCUGGACUCUCGAGUGGCCCUUGUGGGGCCCAAUGGAGCCGGGAAAUCCACUCUACUCAAACUGCUCACCGGAGAACUCCUCCCCUCUGAUGGGAUGAUUCGGAAAAACUCUCAUGUGAAGAUCGGCAGAUAUCACCAGCAUCUCACAGAACAGCUGGAGCUGGACCUCUCCCCCCUCGAUUACAUGAUGAAGUGUUAUCCAAUGAUCAAGGAGAGGGAAGAAAUGAGGAAAAUCAUUGGCCGCUAUGGACUAACUGGGAAACAGCAGGUGAGUCCCAUCAGGAACUUGUCUGACGGUCAGAAAUGUCGAGUGUGCUUCGCUUGGCUGGCGGGACAGAAUGCCCACAUGCUCUUCUUGGACGAGCCCACCAAUCACUUGGACAUAGAGACCAUUGAUGCCCUGGCCGAUGCCAUCAACGAAUACGAGGGAGGCAUGAUGUUGGUCAGUCACGACUUCAGGCUCAUCCAGCAGGUGGCUCAGGAGAUCUGGGUGUGUGAGAAACAGACCAUCACGAAAUGGACCCGGGGCAUUUUGGCCUACAAAGACCACCUGAAAACCAAGAUCGACAAACAGAUGCAUGAUAUUUAAACUGAAAAAUAAAGAUCUCCCCAGGUUCAAGACAACACUUUCUCCCAAACCUUGACAUUUCUCGCCCAUUCUCUCUUCACGCUGUAUAGCCGCCCUCCCCCCCCCC